UUCUCUCACAGUGGAGUACCGAGCUGCGAUCAGGACGGGAGGAGGAGAGCUCUGACCAGCACCGAGGAGGGCGACAUCGGACUGCUUUUCCUUUCUGUUUUUUUUUUCUCUGAACAGUAAAACUUGGGAAUUCCUGCCAACCUGAAACUUGUGCGGACGAACCGUCGGUUCAUGAUGGCAUCUCUGAUGAACUCUGCGUGCCUCCUCUUCCUGCCUGUUGCUCUGCUGCUGAUGUUGAGCCCGUGCCCCGUUGCUGCAGCGUCGGCCAGACGGUGUCACUCCAUCUACAAGGGCUUCGCUCAGUGUUUGAUGGCUCUGGGCGACAGUCUGACAGACAACGCCCGCAAGGACGAGGACAUGCACGAGAUACACUCCAUCUGCAGGUCAUGGGAUGAAUUCCACGAUUGCGCAAAUGUCGCGAUGGCCGGCUGUCCGGAUGAAGCGGCCGCCGUCUGGGAGUCUCUCCGGCAGGAAUCCAAGAAGAUGCAGUUCUCCGGAAACCUAUAUGACAUGUGCUCCAACCGCAACAGCCACCCGGUGGCCUCGGCCUCCCCGAACCAGGAGGAGAUCAACCAGGAGUCUCUACGAGGAGGCGCCGGAUACCUGCCGUCCAGCCUCCACCUCCUCCUGCUACUGUCUCCUCUGCUGCUGUUGUUUUGGAUAUAACUUUCCCCCCUGAAGAAAUGGGACUAGUGUGAAUAGAUAUAAACUUUGUGUAUUUUUUUCUCCCCUUCCACGAGCCCGUAGACUUUCCACAGUUUCUUCUUCCUCUGCGCUGCCAGGGGUUGAAUAUUUCUAACUGCAUGUUCAGAGGCCCGACAGUCUUUUUGAUAAUGUAUCUCUAAACUGCCUGUGCCAUUUCAUGCAUAUUCUCUGCCUUUUAAUUAGUCUCUCUGUUGGAAACACACACAGAAUUCAUACAGAGACACACAGCCACUGUACAAACAGGCUUGCAAACACAUACAUAGUUAAACAGAUGCAUACAGCCGCUUCAUGUCAUCUGUCUUUAUUCCCUAACCUCCGAAACCUAGUUAGUCUGAGCUUGCAUGUGCUGGAUCCAGGCGGAGUCUGUCUUCCUGACUCUAAUAACAGAAACAUAAUAACGCAGUCCUGUUUGAUAAACCUGGAAACUAAGUGAUGAGGAAUCCAUGAGCAGUUAAACUCAUUCAUUUAUAUGAUGAAGUAGCUGAUAAAUGGGAAAUCUAACAUUCGUCGCUCGCUAGUUAAGACUCAGAGCUGCGUUCGAACUCCAGCUGGACGACUUUUGUGUUCGGUUUUCCCGUUGCUUUUCUUCUCCGCUCUCUGCCAGUGUUGAAGAGCCACAGCCAAGCUUACGUCCUAAUUUAACUCAAAGUUCCCAUGAAAACUGGCAACAGAAAAUGUGAAGUAAUGCACAUUUCCAUCCACAGCUGUUAUGUGCUCAUACCAAGCCGGUUCUUUGAGAAAAACAGCCGCUAAGUCUGCAGUGUUGGAGAGGAAGAAGAGGGCGAAACGUGAGUAAAAGAGCAGCACUCGAACCCAGAAAUGUGCAGAUAUGAUGGAAAUUUGCUAAUGUUAUGAGCAUCUGCUGUAUAAAGGACGGUUAUAGACUCAACAUCACUUCUCACAAGUAUUAACGCUUAGUCACAUUUUUUCAAAGCUCCCCUGGAUGUUUAAUUCAUGUUUUCACUGCACACUGUCACAUUUUACUUCAUUGAUCCACAGACUUUUCCUCCUCAGCACAGCAUUAAAACUUUUUUAAGCACAAAUUCAGAAUAUAUAUAAAAACAUUUUGAAAGGAACACACUGGGAAACUAAAAACAUGGGUGCUAAUCAGUGAGAACCAUGGAUGUAUAAAGAGCUGGAUACGUUAGCCUUGCUGCUAACUUUUCCUAAUGGUCACUUGUGGUUUUGCAAUGGAAACCCCCCCCAAAAAACAUUCCACAUAGACUCCAAUUAUAAAAGAGAGGUUUAUUAAACCCACCCCCGUGCUAAUACACAAAUGCAGAAGCAAAUGAACUGUGUUUGGUUACUUUCAUGCAGGUAAUCAAGCGACAUCCUUUAUUCUCCGUAAUACAUCUAAACUUGGUGAACUCAAUUUGUAGAUUAGUUUUAGGAUGUGAGGAAGCUACUUUUUCUUUUUGCUUUAAUCAUACCCCAAAGCUAACCACUCCCAUUUUCACUUCAUGAGUUGUGCUAACUGCUAAAUUUGUGUAUUUGGAUGCACACCAGACACCCUCCUCAUCCCGGCUGCACCUUGAGAUCCUGCAAUCCUGAAGCCCCCAAAUCGAUUUGCAGUUUGGGGGCCUCUGGAUCGCAUUUCUGCUUUUUGCAGAUGAUGUGGUUCUGUUGGCUUCGUCAGACCGUGACCUUCAGCGCGCACUAGAACAGUUUGCAGCUGAGUAUGACGUGGCGGGGAUGCGGAUCAGCACCUCCAAGUCUGAGGUCAUUGUUCUCUGCCAGAAACCAGUGGAUUGCUCCCUCUGGGUUAGGGGGGAGUUGCUUCCCCGAGCGAAGGAGUUCAAGUAUCUCAGGAUCUUGUUCACGAGUGAUGGGAAAAUGAAGUGUAAGAUGGACAGGUGGUUUGGUGUGACAUCAGCAGUAAUGCGGGCGUUGUACCGGACCGUCAAUUGAAGAGGGUCGAUUUACUAGUCCAUCUAUGUUCCAACCCUCAUUUAUGGUCAUGAGCUCUGGGUAGCAACCAAAGGAAUGAGGUCGCGGGUACAAGCGGCUGAAAUGAGCUUCCUCUGCAGGGUGGCUGGGCUUAGCCUUAGAGAUAGGGGGAGAAGCUCAGACAUCUGGAGGGAGCUCGUAGUAGAGCCGCUGCUCCUUCGUGUCGGAAGGAAACAUUUGAGGUGGUUUGGCCAUCUGAUUCGGAUGCCUCUAGGGAGACUUCCUCUGGAGGUUUUCCAAACACGUCCGCCUGGGAGGAGACCCAUGGGCAGACCCAAAACUAGUUGGAGGGAUUAGAUAUCUCAUCUGCCUGGGAACGCCUUGGGAUCCCCCAGGAAGAGCUGGAAAGCAUUGCUGGGGGGAGGGACAUCUAGAAUAACCUGCUUCGUCUGCUGCCUCUGCGAUCUGGCCCCAGAUAAGCGGAAGAUGAUGGAUGGAUGGAUGGAUGGAUGGAUGGAUGGAUGGAUGGAAGGGUGGAUGGAUGGAUGCACACCAGUGACUCAUAACAUUAAACCACCUGUCUAAUAUUGUGUAGAUCCACUUUGUACUGUUAAAACAGUAUUGACCCAUUGGGGUGUGACCGUAGCAGGUGUUCUGAGGUGUCCGGAACUUGGACAUUGGAUCCUUUGGAUCUUGUAGGCCACACAGUAGGGUCUCCAUGGGUUGAGACACAUCCCGUGGAUCUUAAGUCAAAUUGGGUUCUAGGAAAUUGGAGGUCAGUCACCUCUUUGGGUUCUUUCUUGAGUUCCUAGACUUGUUUUUGAGCAGUUUUUCCAUUGUUGUGGUGGGUCUUGUGUAUCUACGGAGUGCAGAUGUCAAUUUAACAUCCACUUCAGUGCAGGGCUAAAGGUUUCCCAGCACAACAUUCCACUGUUGCCAGAUUAUCACCCAUCAUUGGUUUUAAUGUUGUGUCUGAUUGGCGUAAGCUGGUUUAAAGUUUCCAAAAGUAUCUGAUUUCAGUGUAGUUUGUUAAUUUCCCUUCGGUCCUCGUCCGUGUGCUUCUGUGAUACAUCUCCCUCUUGAUUUCCUGUCAAGAACUUACAAACUAAAUUUCGUCUCUCUCAAGCAUCCUGUUGUAAUAUAGUGAUCAAAUACUGCAGUUGUUUGGGGAAUCACUGGAAAAAGGUCACGAACCAAAAAUGCAUUUGGACUCCUGCCACGAUUAAUGUCUCUCCUGCAAUAAAAUGAACUAUUAGUUGCUCUAAACAUCUUCCAGACAUGUGGUGUUGUUUGCUAAGGUGCUUGCAGCAAUGAAAACUGGCUAUACAGGUUUGUUGGACUGAACGAUUAAUUGGAAUAUUAUUGAAAUCACAACGUGACUAAAAAAUAUCCAAAUGACGGGAGCUGCAAUUUACUAAAUGUUGCCAUAUGGGUCCUCCACAUGAGCCGGGUUCUGCUUAAGGUUUCUUCCUGUUAACAGGGAGUUUUUUUCUUGCCACCAUCGCCUUAGGGCUUGCUCUGGGGGUUUGGGCCUUAUGGGUUCUGUAAAGCGUCUUGAGACAAUCUGAGUUGUAAUUGGCACUGUAUAAAUAAAAUGGAAUUGAACUGAAUACCAUUCUGAAUGAAGCAUGGUGGUGCUGCGGAAAUACUUAACCCUGUAAAACCCACUGUUGCAGAAAUACAUCAGUUUUUUUAUAUUUUCUAUUAUUUUCGA